AUGAAUUCAGACGGUGAAAGUGCUGAUGAAAAUCAAUUUGACUAGUAUCAAAAAUUCUUUAAAAUAGACGAUGAUGGAGAAGGAUUUGAUAAAUCAGAUGAAUACUCUUUUCACGAUUCUUAAACUUCAAAAAAGUAGGGCACUCUGACAAAUAAACCUUCUGCAAUAACUAGUUCAUAAAUAAAAAAGCAAACUACUGUUACUGCUGCAGUGAAUAAUAAACUUGGAACUAAAGCUCAAAUAAAAUAGAAAUCAGAGGAGAGUGACAACUAUGAUGAUGAUUUCGGAUAAGAGAUAUAGAUUAAAGGCACUCAAAAUAAAAACUAAAAUGAGGAAUCAGAUGAAUUUGUUGAUGUUUCAGAUGAUUUUCAAGCCUUUCAAUAUGAUAAGAAGGAAUUCGAUGUAGAUGCAAGUGACAGUCAGCAGAGUAGUAAAUUCCCAGUAUUCCAAGAAAAUCAAAAGAGCAAUAAGUUUACAGUUAACUAGGAAUAGGAACCUGAUUUUCUUACAUCUUGUAAUGUUUUUAAAAAGAAUGCCAUGACGAAAUCUUUAGUACCUUUAUAUCCAAUCGGAUAAAAUAAUCAAUUCAACUAGUAGGAAGAUGAGAUCAUUCUCAGAGCAGAUAGUAAAAUGAGUGAUUCGGCUAAAGAAAUAUAAUUUAAGCAGUAAAGUGAGAUUCAAUCUCAAUAGGAUGUUGGGUUUGAUGAUGAUAUCGAUGAUGAAGUGUUCAAAGAAGAAUCUAUUUAGGAUGAAUUUGAUGAUGAGCAAUAAGUUGAAAGCAAUCGUAGUAAUGUUAAUACCAAAAAUGCUCAAGGUUAUACUUAAAAUAUGGUUAAUAUGGGGAGUGUAAUUCCUAAUCCAAAGAUAGUUUCUCAAAUUCCUAAUUCUUCUACUUAGACUAACACAAUUAUAAACAGAUAAUAGAUAUCUCAUACCAAUCCUUUAGAUACUAAAUUAUUCGAAUAAAAUAUUGGGAAAAAUUCUAAGAAUAAUGAGGAAACACAUUAAUUUCCUAUUAUUGAGUAUGAGAAGGACGAUGAUGACGAUAUGGCAGAAAUUCAUGAUAAGAUAAAUGCUAUUCCUUCAAGAUUUUCUGAUGCAGGAUCCCCUGAUAAAUUUGACAAGUAAGCUACAGGUAAAAAAGAAGAGAAAAAGUAACAGCCAACUUAAAAGGUUGACAAAAAACGGACUGGAAGUAAAGCAAGACCCUAAACUGCAAAACCAAAUGUUUCUAAGCCAAGAACAUAAAGUAAACCUCCUAAAUAAGAAACAAAAGAGAUAAAGAAAAAAAUAAAUAUAAAUGCAUAAGCAAAUCAAUAGGUACAACCAGAGGAGGAAGAAAAAUUACCUGAUGAAUAAGCAAAGCAAAGCCUUAUAGAAAAAGUAACUAAAAACCUAUUGCAAACGAAAAAUAAAUCUAGCAGAACUAUUAUUAGGCCUGAAAGUGCAAAGCCAAAGGUAGGUUAUGAAGGCAAUCCAAAUAACCUUGUCAAGCCCAAACCUAUAUCAGCAAAUCAUAAUGAUCUUACUGCUCUACUUUUAAAGAGUGAAAAAUUCCAAAAGAUUAAGAAAAUUAAAGAGGAAAACAAAAAAAAGCAAGAUGUUGUUGUUAGAAAUCUUAAGAAUGUGAAGGUUAUAUAAUAAAAGCAAUAGGAAGCCAGAAUAUAAUAGAAAGCGGAGGUAUUAAAGAAAUAAGCUUUAGAUAUAUUGGAGGAUGAUAGCUUCUUUGAACAAGCAGCAUCCAUUAAAGGAGAUUAAGGUGUUGCUCCAGGAAUGAACGCUGAUCUUGAGGAUUUCAACGAUGAUUUUGAACAAAUUGAGCCUGAAUAAAUAGUUGGCAAAAAUACUAGGCAGAUUGCGGCUAUUAGAUAAUAAAUGGAAUAGGAAAAAUCUCAAAAUUACUAAACAAAAACAGAAGGAAAUACAUAAAAAUUAGCACCAAUGAAUCAAAGUUAAACUGUUACAAAAUAAUUAGCUAGAUAAACCCCUCAAAGUAUAGCUCUAUAAAAGUAAAAAGAAUAAACUUAAGCUGGAAAUACAGCCAAAAACAGUUAAGUCUUAGGAGGAGACAACCAAGAGAGGUUUAAUGAAAUUCUGCGUCAAAAGAAAGAAAAAUUAGUGAACAAAGACGUACUAGGCUUUAUGAUGGAAAAGAAUCUUAGAAACUAAAAUGAAAAGAAAGAAGCACUUACUUAAAAUAUUAACAGACUAGCCAAAGAUUUCGAGGUUAAGGAUGUAGCUAAGUAAACCUAAGCUAUUUAGCAAUAAUAAAUAAAGGGAAGUGAUAAAGUGCCAGAACAUGCAAAGUUAGUAAUAGAUGAUGAAAAGCUUGUCAAAGAAUUAGCUGACCUAAAAAAACGGUUUAAAGAAACUAUCCUCGAGAAUAUGAAAGUUUGUAAUAACAUUAAGAUGGUCGAGAAAAAGAAAAGAGAUAAGGAAACAUUACUUGAUAAAGUUAUGAGUGAUAAAAAUUUGAUUACUAUAAAUGGAGCUCUCACUGUAUAGUAAGAGAGCAAAAAUAGCACGGGGUUAUUAUAUGGAAUAAAACUUGAAGAUAUUCCUGACUUUGACAAGCUUGCUUAAGAAAGAAUCAAUCCACUAGACUCAAUUGUUAAGAAAUUUGAGCAAAAAGGUAUCACUAUAGAAUAAGCUUUCGAUCUUUUCGAUGAUGAUGAGGAUAGAGUCCUUACUAUGCAAGAGAUUAAGAAGGGAAUCAAGAAUUAAAGAAUUGAAUUACUCGAUUCAGAAUACUAGGAGCUCAUUAAAGUCAUCGAUAAAAAUUCAGAUGGUGUUUUAACAAUGGAGGAAUGGGUUAAUUGUCUGAAUCCUAAAUAUGAUGCUGAGAAAGAAUUCAGAUAAAUUAUGUAGAAUGUUGACAUAGACGAUCCUCUUAUACUUGAGGAAAGAAUCUUAGAUCUUAGAUAUAGAUCUGAAAGAAUAGAAAAAGAAUUGGAGUUCUUAAGAGAGACUUCUGCAAAUGAAUAAGGAAUAGACUUGAAGGAGAGGAUCAGGAGGAAAAUGAAGAAUCCUAUGGAAAAAAAGUAUGCAAACAAAAUUCUUGCUUUAGAAAGUAGACUUGCUAAUAAGAUUUCAAAUACUAUGUUUGAAAAAAUAAUGCUUGAAGAUAAGAUCAAGUAAAGUCUAAUGGCCAAAGAUUAGGUAUAAUAAGAUUAUUAUGAUGCUAGAAGAGUAAAGGAUAGACUAGCAACUGAAUUUGAUAUGAGAUUAGAAACAAUUUCAGGCUCUCUAAAUGUUCUUGACUAAAAACUCAAUGAAGUUACCUAGCUAAAUAUGGUUCUUAAAACAGAAAGAGAUGUUUUUAAGCAAAAAAUACAUAGACUAUAGAUAAGUUUAGCCUCAAUGACUGAUAUGGAGGCAAAGCUAGAUAAAUAAUUAGAGGAAAUUCUUGGAAGAGCGCUGACUGGCUAAGAUCUUGAGAUGCUUUAUCAAUUGGACCUAAAAACACUGAAUUAACUUAAUUCUGGUUAGAAUGAAGUUUUCGACAACUAUGUCAAGCAAUUUGCUUGUAUCACUAUUCAGAGAAUGUUCAGAGGAAGUAUGGCGAGACAUGAAUAUGCUAUUAUGAAAUUCCAAGUCAAAAGACUUAAAAGAAUACUUGUGCCACUUGUAAAAGAGAGAUUCCAAAUGAAGAGAAUAGAGGCUACAAUUUUGAUUUAGAGAUUCUACAGAAGACAUCGCGAUAGAUAGAAGCAUUUGGAAAACUUGAGAAGAAAAAAUAUGAUGAGAAGACUUAAGGAAGAGGAAGACGAUAGAUUUUAUCAGGAUAUUGAAAAGUAGAAUGCAGCAGCAAUGACUAUUUUAAGACACUGGAGAUCGUAUAAAAGAAGAUAAAUGAGAGACUUAGGGAUGAUUUCAAAAAUAAAUCAGAAGUUGACUUUCGGUAGAGAAAUUGAAGUCAUUUACCUUGCUCAAAUCAGGAAAUGCUUCAUUUGUAAAAUUUAAAACGCUUUAAGAUUCUGUACUCCUUGUAAAGACGCACUUUAUUGUGAUAAUUGCUACAUUGACUAUCAUAUAAGAGGUCAUAGAAAGUUGCAUUCUUAUAAGCGUAUUCGUUACGGCGAUAAGAAGUUUAAUGAAGAGGAUGAAAACAGAGAAAGGGAAAUUUUCCUUAAAAAAGAAAACAAGAACCCAAACAGCUUUCAACUAAACAUUGAUAAGGUACAAGAAACAAAACUUAUUCUAGACAAACCUCCAAGCAAUAAAAUAAAUACUACUAAUAUUGCUGAUGGUAGCUUCAGCUUUAGAAAUCAAUAAGCCAAUAACUUCACAUUGAAUAAUAUCAACGAGGAUUCCUUUGCCAGAGAUUCAAAAAGGUUUAUGGAAAAUAAUGAUACAUUUAGAGUUAAUGAUAAAGAACUUAUCAAGAAGGAUAGUGAUGUAAGAGAUAAAGAGACUCUAGAAACCUAUAAUUAAGAACUUCAAAAGAUUUAGUUGAUGAUACAUAAAAAUGAGAAAUAAACUGAUGAAGGAUUCCUGGGGUAGGUAAAAAGGAAAUGCAAGAAUAUUUAGAGUGAAUUGUUUGCUUUUAUAGACGAUACAGAGAUCGUCAGAUUAUCUGAAUUAAUGCUAUAACUUACUGAAUAUCCUAAAAUCUUUAAUCUAACGAUAGAAGAAAUAGAAAAAUUGUGUGAGAUAGCGGAGAGUAAAUGCUAAUGCGAUCGCCCCUCCAAUUCUGAAGAAGAUUCGAUGGGCUAGGCUGCUGAAUUUGAGAAGUAAAAGUUUUCUCAUGCUUUUUCUAUGGAUUCAUAUUUAGAAUCUUGGAAUAAACUAGUAAAUCUAUUCUCCCCAUCUGAGGAAUAGAAGCAAGAACAGUGGGACAAACUCUAGAAAACUGGAAUGAUGCGAUCCGGUGAGGGAAGUGCCGAGGAAGUUAUGCAAAGGAGGAAAAAGUUAGAAGAGAGACAGAGAUUAGACCAAUUGCUACAAAGUGGGGAUUUCUCAAGUGACCCAAUAGAGAACAAGAAAUUAUACGAUCACUACUUGAAGCAUGUUAAUUAGAAUUCUGUUAAGAACGAUGACGUGGAUCUUAUCCCAUACAUCUCACCGUUUGGGAACACUCACUACAUGAGUCUUCAGUAAAUUGACUCUUAACAAUUGAAGAGUUAAAUGCAAGGAAGAACUCUCUAGACUACUGGUAGUGCUGUUAGUCUUUACAACCUGGUUGAGCCAUAUCCUACAUCAUGUAAAAACAAUGGUCAACUAGUCAACUAGACCUAAGUGUACUAUUUCUGCAAACCCACUGGCUAGGUGGGAGGCUCAUUCUCAAGAGUAGAUAAGAACUCUUAUGACUUGAUAAUUGCUAACUACUCAUCUCUUUAUGAAUGUGCUGCUCAGAAUACUGUUCGACAGGUAUGCUUUUGCCCCUAAGGCUUUUACGACUAUCAAUGCUCAACUUAAUUGUACAGAUAGUGCUUCGUAAAUAUAACAGAUCCCCCUUUGUACAAAGGCUGCAAAAAAGAAGAUUCCCCUUACUAUCUGUACUCAGUUCCAGGUUAUGACCCCUGCUUUUAUUUGGACUUUACACAGAAAUAGAACAUAGGGUUCAUUCUUACAUGUAAAUAUACAGAUGAGGUCAGCAGUAUAAAUUCAAAAUCAGAGAAUAUCGGUUAUCAAUACAGAGAUGUUGUAUAACCUGCUUAGGUUCCAGAAUUCUAGUAUACAGCUGUCAAUCCUACAACAUAAAUGAAGACUCUUAUUGGGCAAUCUGCCUAGGUUCAAAUAUCUAUCUUUGAUUGGAAAUGGCUUUCUUAACAAGCAAACUUUAUGAAGAAUAUUUCUGAUCCACUAAUUCUUGCUGGUCUAAAAGAAGAUAGAAUAGAGGUAGAUUUUGCUAAACUCAUGAAAAGUGAUUAAGAAAAGAAAUCAAAAUAUAUUGCUGGAGGAAGAGCUUAUUUUGAGGCUGAUGUUCUUGGCUAACUUAUCUAUAGCUACACUUCAAAAGGAUUUUUUGAUUAGGCAAAUUAUGUGGAGCCAGCAGCUCCUGAGAACAUCACUUGGAAGAUCAUUGUAGGAGUUGUAGUACCAGGAGUUGUUAUUGGAAUCAUAGGCUCAAUAAUCUUAUACUGCCAAAUCAAAAAGAGAAAGUAGAAGUUGAACCAUAUUGAUUGA